UAAGAAACUGGCCGAAUAAGAAACCACCUUCAGCCUCGUCGGCGCUGACAGGUAAAUGCAAGGCCGAGCCAAUCACGUGGGCCCUUACAUCCUCCAAUGGGGAAGGCGUUUGGAAGACCGCCUGGUUGCCUGGAGCUGGUCACGUGAGCGGGAUAGCGCUGGACGAUGUGGUUGGAGAGCCGUUACCCUGGAGCUGCGUGUAAAUAGAAUGCGGGCGGUAGGUAGCCUGGGACAAACACGGCACAGCCUGGCAACACGCGACCUACCACACACCGGAGGCUCGGGCACGGCACGGACUGGAGGGAGACCUCGGCAAGAGCAGCGAUAAGAAGCGGGGUACGAUUACCUGCGGCCCGCCUGCCUGUGCGCGAUCACGGUUAUACGUGAGUCCCGGGAAUGAUCGUUUAUCACCCGUUCCGAUCACUGACAGAUGUGGUCGAAAUGCCUAAGUCACUGAAAUGAAUAGCAGGAGCCCAUACUCCCAGGAUGAUGAGACUGACAGACGAAGAGGAAGGAGCCCUCCAUCCCGGCAGGAUGGCUUAAGCAGCACACAAAGCUACACUGCAAAAAAAAGCAUGAAGGAUGACCAGGAUAUGGCUAGGACAGAGAGAGCACGGACAAAGGGCAACCACCAUAGAAGCCCAGAUAUGGAUAAAAGCAGUGACUCUUAUUAUUCUGAUGAUUAUGAUAACACAACGUAUGGAUCUGAUCGAUCACCAACACCCAGCUCCAAGGCCUUGUCACCCCGUGUCAAAAAGGCUGGCUACAAAGUCAGAUCUGUAACCCCUGUGCAUAACAGAGGUGUAAGAAAAAUGAACACCAAAUUAUCAUCAAAUAAAAAGGCGCCACGAUGGGGAUUUCGUUCUCAGAGCCUGAACAAAGAGUCUCCACCCAAGGACAUUGAUGUGGUCACUAAGAGAGUUCUUUCUGCUCGGCUUUUGAAAAUAAAUGAACUAAGAAAUGAGUUAACCGAGCUUCAGAUGAAACUAGAAGAGAGUCAGAAGGAAAACAAGGCCCUAAAGAGGUUGCAGUUCAGACAGGAAAAGGCCUUAAAUAAGUUUGAGGAUACAGAAAAUGAGGUGUCUCAACUUCUAUCCCGACAUAAUAAUGAGAUGCGGACACUGAAAGAACGAUUGCGCAAAUCCCAGGAAAGGGAGAGGAAUGCAGAAAAGAGGCUGAAGGACACAGAAGAAGAGCUGUACAGGGCAAAUGUUGCAUUAAAGAAGUUAAAGCAGCUUUCUGAAAAUAAACAUCUUGCUGAGCGUGAGGAGCUAACAAAGAAAGUGGAUCUUCUAGAAAGCCGGCUGGAUGAUCGAGACAGAAGAGUCAGGGAGCUGGAGAAGAACAUUGAACUGACACACAGCAGUUUUCAGAGGCAGUUAGUAGUUGAGAAAAAGAAAGUCCAUGAAGUUCAAGAGGAAAACAAAAUGCUGAAAGAAGAGCUUCAACGGUUGACUCAAAAAUUAAGGGACAAAGAAAGAGAACUUGAUGCAAAAAAUAUCUAUUCUUUGCGUUUGUCAAAACCUUCACCUAAGAAGGACACAGAGAUAACACCUAGGAAGAAAGGGACUAGUCAUAGCACUAGCAUAGGUGUUCAAACAAAUGACAGUGCCUCAUGGCUGGACUUUCCUUCUCCACCUCCCCCACCUCCAGUUCCAACUGAAGACAACCUGGAGAGCGAACAGGAAGUUCUGGCAGAAGAUAAUCUAGCAAAGCAGCUCAAAGAGGAAGCAGAAAAGAUUAAAAGAGAAAAACACGAAGCAGAAAGGCUUAAAAGAGACAGAGAACAGGCAGAACGAAAACAAGCUCAAGAAGAGAAUUUAAAUAGAAAUAGAGAGCAAAAGCUUUUGGAGGAUAAAGCAAGGAAGCUGCGGGAAGAAUGGGAAAAAGAAGAAUUUGAAAGAAGGAGCAAAGAUUUGUUGAAUGCGGAAAAACAUGUAAAGGAAGAAAGUAUAAACAGAAAUGAAGAAGAGAGGCUCAAAAAAGAGCUCUUAUUAGCAAAAAUGUUUGAAAUUGAUCAUGAAAACAAAGACCCAUUUUACUCAGACAACUCUAGACCUGCUCCAGCACCACUUUUGGAUACCUCCAUAAAAACACACACAACAGAUACAAAACAUAAAACAUACAGAUUCUCAGAGCCAACUGAGAAGCUGUUCAAUGGCCUUCCAGUCCAUGGAGGACAGGAGUCAAAAAGCGAUGCCCUGAGUCAUAAAAACACUGGGGACACCAGUGGGGACUUCACAUUUGGAAGUUAUACUCCAUCUUUUGGAGCAGGAAGAUCAUCUGUUCAUAAUCAAAGAAAAGAAGUGUUGGAGGAGCCCAUUAUAACCACCUCAAAGCUGGACAUACACAAAGAUAAAAAAUCAAGUUUAAUGGAGCAACUCUUUGGAAACAGUUCUACUGCUACAUUGCCUUCCAUUUCCAAAUUUAGUGACCAAGAUGGACUCCUUUCAAACGGCAGUAGAAUCCCAGAUCAAGAGACCAGCAAAUCAUUGCCUUGGGAACAGAGCAGCAAAAUCAGUGGAAAAAAUGAUGUACUCUUAUCUGGUGGCGGAAAAAUCUCAAACUCCAGCAAAAGCCGCUUGAAAAACGCACCAGGGAGAACCACAAUAAAGGCUGUUAACUCUGUAGAAGACGAAAUUGAAGAAUUAGCAUUAUAGAUUAUGUAAAUGUGCCUGUUUAAUAUUUAUAGUACAGUAAAAAUGUAUGAUUUCUUUAAAUGUGCCCUUAAUGUAUUGUACAUUUUUAAUUGCUACUAGUUUUGUUUUUUUUAAGUAGUUUUAUUAAAUUAUUUUUUUCAUGCAUCAAGUCCCGUAUAAAGAUUUUGGCUGGGAUGUUUUUAAAUAUCUUUAGGGUCCUUUUUUUCUGGGUUUUAAAUUUUAACUUAAUCUAACACCCCUUUUUAAAAUUGCACUUCAUCUAAGUAAAAUGUACAAUGUCCCCUUGCUAAAUUUGUCAGAGGGCUACACUCAAUUGCAGCUGAAUAGCAUUCAACAGAAAACUGCAAGUACAGCCUAUUGUUUUUGCUAUGUACUACAUAGUAAAUAAUUAGUUUAACCACUUACCGACCCACCAUAGACUUUAAAGGGGUUCUCCGGUGCUUACACAUCUUUUCCCCAAUCCAAAGGAUAGGGGAUAAGAUGCCUGAUCACGGGAGUCCCGCCGCUGGGGACCCCCGGGAUCAUGCACGCGGCACCCCGUUUGUAAUCAGUCCCCGGAGCGUGUUCGCCUCAG